AUGUGUUUUGUGGACUUGGAGAAGGCAUUCGACCGUGUCCCUCGGGGUGUCCUGUGGGAGGUGCUACAAGAGUAUUGGGUGUCUGGCCCAUUGCUACGGGCCAUUCGAUUCCUAUACAACCGUUGCAAGAACCUGGUUUGCAUUGCCGGCAAUAAGUCGGACUCGUUCCCGUUUCAGAGGGGAAAAUACAAUCUCCCAUCUCAUGAUGCCCUGGCACAGAUCCUACCAGAUAAUCAGCUGCUCCUCAACAGAGCGAAGACUGAGCUUCCAGGCACUGCCCAGCUAGACCAGAAUACUCCAGCUGAGAGGGCAGACUCCACCGAGAAUAACAAACCUAACAUAAACAGCACGUAUCAAGUUCUUCAUCCACACAUGCGGCCCCCUCUGCAUGACUUUGAGGAUGAUCCCCACGUAGCAGAGAUCUCUGACCUCCAAACAAAGGAGAUUGAAAACUAUCGCUCAGCGUUGUCUAGGAUGGCAGAAGAUAUAAUAACACUUAGGACACAGGUGCUGUCUUUGGAGGCAGAAAACAGUCAGCUCCGCAGUGAUCUGUCUCUGCAGCAGGACCUUGGACGAGAUCUUCUGGCCGACACUGACAUUGAUGUCAUGACCAAAGCUGAAAUUGCUGACCGAAUAGCCACUCUAAAAUUCAAGCUCACCAGUGAGGUGAGCAAGGCCGCCACACAAAGGGACCGCAUACAACAUCUGCAGAACGAGCUCAUCCGGAAAAAUGAUAGUGAGCAGGAGCUAUUAAAGCUCAGCAGAGUCCUCCAGCAGGAGCAGAAGGAUCUGCAGCAUCACCAGAGUCACUUGGCAAAGAUGGCAACUUUAGAGGCCACAGUGAAACAGCAGGAAGAGGUCAUAGAAAAAAUGGAGAAAGCAUUAGAUGGAAAGCUCAGAGACAAGAAUAUUCAUCGUGGUGACAAAAGGCUGAUGCUAAAGGAAGGAGAUGGCCUUAAAAAGAAGGAAAUGAAAUCAGCCUUGGCAGCAGAGAACGCCCGUCUCAGAAAAGAGCUGGAAAGGAUUCACCAGCUGCCUGCACCACUCAAAACACAGCAGUCAGACCAGGAGGAAUGGAGUUUACGACAUAAAUUGGAGAGGGCUGAGGCACGAAUCCAAACACUGGAAGCUCAGCUGGAGGAGAAUGCUAAAGUAUGGGGGAGACAGAAGCAAGAAAUGCUGACCAAACUGAGCGAGCACAGGCACGGCUUCAUCCGAACAUCCACAGCAAUCCUUCAAAAUGUUCCUUCGCUCCUUAUACCAGCAAAGAGGACAGCAGAAGCAAAACCUGUAAAAAGACCUGCAAAUGAAUUGAACUGUUGAUGGUACACACAGA